CGACGCCAUGUUGGAUAACAUAUCUGUAAUAGCGAUCAGGAUUUUGGUAUAAGAAUUGGGAGCCGUAUUUAGUUUAACAAAUGAUGAAUUGUCGACUCGGAUAAUCUUAAACCGGUAUUUAUCGGAGAUGAAUUUACCUGCUGUGGUGCGAAAAAGCAAGGAUACUGAAGUCAGCUUGUCAGCUUGCAGUGUUUGCGGGCAGCAACAUGACACGACAACAUGUCCGUUUUUACUGGAUCUUCAUUAUGUUAAAGAUGCACCAGUCUUGUCAAGGGCGAGACAGACACUACCUGAAAAUCUGGAAAUCACCAAAAUGGCGGAUGGUUUGAUGACGGUCACAACAAGGAUCGAACUGCCCAGAGGAACAACGUUUGGUCCACUCUACGCUAAAAGAAUAUGGACAAUGAAUCCAUUAACCCAUUUCCCAAUUAGAGUAUUUGGCAAAUCUACCUCUGAAACAUAUCAUCUGGAUUAUUCAAACGAGAACAGCUCAAAUUGGAUGUGUUUUGUUGGCCCGGCGUCAAACGCCAAGGAGCAAAAUCUGAUCUGCUAUCAGGUGGAACAGGAUAUUUUUUACACCGCGAUGCGCACAAUAGCCAUAGGCGAGGAGCUGAGAGUUUGGUACGCACCUUAUUAUGCGUUGAGGAUGAAGAUGCCAGUGUUUAACGCUGACUUUGCUAAUGUCAGCGCAACUAUACCAAAUUCAGAAAUCCAACAAGUGAUAAAGACAGAGAAAAAUGGCGAACAGAUUGGGUUACUAAAAAAAGAUGUCGCUCAGGAAUUGGCUGAGAAAUUGCCUGCACAGCAUCUCGGAGCUAGGGAUGAUAAAGCAACGUGGAACUGCAGAAUUUGUUCAACUGUUAUCUGCUCUGUCGUCGCUUAUGCCAAGCAUUUAAUGGAGCAUUAUAAGCCAUUGAUUGGCGUUUAUUGUAAUAUAUGUAACAAGAAAUGUAACAAUGUGACGGCCUUGGAACGUCACAAGAGUUCCAAACACCCGGAGGAAUCAUCCAACGACAGUGUAGUUGGAAUACCGACAUCCGAAAGUCAACAGCAACAAAAUGCACAAACCAUCUUUCUGAAUAUAAGUGAUUCUGAAGGACAGACAUCGGAAGCGAUGAAAGAUAUAUUAGAGAAAUUCAAAGCCGGAAAGGCAAUAACAGAGAGCAGUUUGUUAGCAACUUCAACGCCGAAUGAUAAAGAUUCUCAUCACUCAGAUCUACCAAUUUUAGACACGAAUUCUAUAAACGUGAAUGAUUUACUCCAGAACAAUGGUUCACUGAUAGAGAAUUCGUCACUCAAAUCGAUCCUUGAGAAUCAAUGUCUAAACAUGAAUUUAGGACUGAACACAAUGACUGACUCUAUGCUUUCAGUGGAAAAUAUUUCAGCCUCGGAUUCUGUAAAGUUUAACGUCGAAGAGCUUGCCUCAGAGCUUUUAGAUAUUGUGCCUGAUGUCGACAAUAUUAACAAAAGAAUUGACAACCUUGAGUGUGAUAUAUGCGAUAAGAAAUUCGAGAAGGUCGACUACUUAUAUCGUCACUUGCGCAAACACACUGGGGAAUUCAUAUGCCCUGCUUGUCUACUAGUAUUUGCCAGAAAAGAGAAUUUGCUGUCACACACGUGUUUUUCCCAAAAAUUGGACUACCAUUACGAGUGUCCGUACUGCCAGAAACCUUUUAUGUUGAAAAAGUACUUAAGAAGACACAUGGUCAAGCACACAGCUUGGAAUAAUUGCAAGUGGUGCCACUCUCCGUUUUCAUCGCAGUCCGAACUUGAGGCACACAAAUGUUUGACUCCAAAGCAUGAGUGCCUACAAUGCAGCAAACGGUUUGUGCAUAGAGCGCACUUGAAUCGGCACCUGAAGCUACACGAAAACCCGAAACCAGCGGCGAAACGGGUGAGAAAAAAACCGCCGGAGAAACCUGUCAUAUGUGAGAAGUGUGGCGACGUUUUUAAAACUCCAUACAGCUUGAAGCAGCACCUCAGUUCGCACGGGGAGCGAACUUACGAGUGUGACAUUUGCCAGCGAAGAUUUCAUCGCAUUGGUGUUCUGAAAGAGCAUAAAGCAAUUCAUCAGGCAGCGCAAAUACCGUGCAGCAUUUGCGGGAAGAAAUUGAAAAGCAAAAAAGCUCUGGACAUCCACAUGCUUUUACAUGGGAACAAGAAAUACCAAUGCGACAAGUGCGAUAAAAGUUUCUUUCAGAAGUGUAACUACCAAAAGCACCAUACCAAAUUUCACAGUGAAAAAACACCGUACAAAUGCUCUCUCUGCUCUCUACAGUUUGCAAAUAAGCUCAAAUUCAACAAGCACAUUGAAAGCCACACUAAGCCUGCCCAAUUCAUGUGUGCAACGUGUCCUAAAUCCUUCCAUAAGGAAUGUCAGUUGAAACGUCACACGCAGACGAGUCAUAGCGGGAUUGUUUAUCGCUGUCCGUAUUGCCGAAUGGCGUUCAGACACAGACAUAGCGUGCGAAGGCACUUCGAACGCCAACAUAAUGCCUUGAGAGAGGACUGGGAUAAGCCGGGAUUUCUUAAUCAGUUAACAGAAAAAGCUCCUGUUGAACCAAUUAAUCAGGCACAGAUUGAGGAUAACAAAUUUUUGGUGAAUUACGAAGAUGUGAAUAAUAAGGAUUUUGGGGACACGGACAAUGCGCAAGAUGGCGCUAUGCUGCUGUCUGUCACGGGAAUAGACGAUACUGCAUUUUUACAGACACCUCAAACUGACAGUGUGGUGCAACUUACCGCGGAGGAUGAAACCAAUUGCAAUUCGAUAACUGGUCACGAAAUUCUUUUGCAAGUGGCAGGCAUCGAACAGCCAGGAUCUAUAACGAAUCCAGAUUUGUCUCUGACCGAGGUGCCGCAGCUGAGUAUUAGCGAGUCGGAUGCGCGUCUGGCAGAAUCUGUACUUGGCAAUGCCUAUAUAUUUGGAGAGGACGGUGGUGAUAUUAUGUUCUACGUACUAGAUAACGCCCCAACAAUUUCCGAAUAUUAGUGAUAAGUUUGCUUUAUCUAACUUGUUAUUAAAAAUUAUUAGCACAAUUGAACGUUUUUACGAUAACGUUCAAGUAAAAUUUAAGCAAAAAGGGAAGAUUGAUCAACAUCGACAUUUCCUGGCGGCAAAAUAUUUCUGCAUAUUUUUAAAGGAAUAUCUAAAAAUUUCACCAAAUUAUUUAUAAAUUCUAAUGAACUCUUUUGGAAAGAGAAGGAGUAAAAUCACCACUCAAUUAAACAGAAAAUCAAAACAGAAGCCCUAUCAAAGGGCUUUGAAAUUAUGUUUACUAUCGACAUUUAAAGAAACGUCAAACUUCUGAAAAAAAGAUCAGAUCAGCCAUGUACAAAGUUAUAAGUAAUAGGCUUUAGACAAGUUGGCCAUAAUGUUAUUCAAUUUCUGCAUUUUUCUCGAAGUACUCGAAAUGAACAUACGGCAGUUUUCUAAUGUACCACAAGGACUGCCAUAAUCUGUGAUAUUAGCUACAUAAAUACUUUUAGUAUGUUAUAUAUUUUAUGUAUAUUGUAUGUGUAACGUAUGCAAGCAACGAUUUUGUAAGUCUAAUACGUACUAACGAAAUUCAUUCUACUAAUUAGAAUUUUCAUCGUAACUAAUUAGUUAUUAUUUGCAGUUUAAAAUGCAGAUAUCAAAUUUAUUUCUAUUAUGAUAGCAAUAAUCGCUUUGUUCUUAAUUUCAAUCGAUUUUUUAAGAAUAAUCUAAAGUAAUUAAUUUUAUUCAUUAAACUUGAGAAUUUGUUCAUAACAUUAAGCCGUCAUAUUUUUACACUAUUUAAAAUUUUGUAAAAAUUAAAAAUCUAUAAUUUAUAUGCUUCAAUGCGUUUCUGUCGUUUGGUAGAAAAAAUAUGAUUUUUAAUUACCAACAUGACUUGUAAAUAUAAAUUCGAUAUCAAUGUUUUUAUGGUAUCCCAUUUUCGUGGAAAAUCCACUGCUAGAGCUCAAAACAUGGUAAUAAACCAGAAUAGAGAAAAAUGUUUUAGUCAAAAGUUAGUUGGUUACGAUUACGUUGACAAAAAUGAUUAUAAAAAUAAAUAAAUAAUAUGAUCCCGAAAUUUCCGACACGCGCCAACCUGAAACAAAUUUAUAAAUACUGCACAACGUACUCCCGACAACUUUUGUACAAAGUAUUUUUGUCCAUACCUCGUAGCCACUUUUGUAUCAAUUGCAAUAAAUAUAUCAGAAUAAGACAUCCUUAGUAUAUGUACAUACCUAUAUGUAAGUACAUCUAAAGAGUGCCUGUUCAAAACGCUGGUAUGCUUAUACCUAUGUAUGUAUAUAUAGAUACAUAUACAUAUGUUAAAUAAAUACUUGAACUCUAAAAUAGACAUAUAUAUUAUACACGUAAAAGAAAAAAAAAUAUGUAGUAAGUAAAAAAUGCGUAAGACUGAUGUUACUGUGAUACAUGUUGUGAAAGUACAUGUAGAUAGAGAAACAGAGGAAAAUAACAGAGAUAUUAUUAUGCAAAAUACCAUAAGAUAAUAUUUAAAAAAUAUUAUUAUCCCACUUUUAUCAUACUUAUGUAUACAUAUAUAUAUAUAGAUAUAUGUGUAUAUACAUAUACUGGGGCUGUGCGGUUACCAGAAUUCUUCGGGUUGGUCGGUCCGGGAAAAUUCUAUUAGUUUCGGGUCGGGUUCCCGUGAUUUUCGGAAUUCCCGAAAAAUAGCAGUUUUGUAGAAAUAUUUGGGAUUUCCUGAUGACUGAUAAUAUACUUUUUACUGACAAUACUAAUGUCAUUUAGAUGUAAUAUUCACUUCGGGUUUCGGGUUUCUUAGAUUUCGGUUUUACGAAUAUUCCGGGUUUCUCGACCAUUCCGGUAUCACUAAAGAACCCGAUCCGAUACAAACCCGUCCCGAACCCAGACAUUUUUCCCCGAGAUUUUGGGAAACUGCACAACCCUAAGAUAUAUUAUAUACAUGAUUGGUACUUGUUAUGUUAUGUUAUUCAAAACAGCCCUUAGGCCGGGAGUUAAUAAAUGAUAAAUAUACAAAGUGUUUGUAUGUAUAGCCUGUCUAUACUUCUUCCUGUUCUAUUGGGUAUCUGUAUUUUUCUGAAUACCACUUUUAUACAUCACGAUUGAGAUUCAGACAACUGCGUACAACGUACUUGACUACCGCUACUUAGCACAUUACGAUCUAAAGUAUGAUAGUAAUAAUAUUACGCAGUCUGGGAUAUUGAAGGUUGUCCGAAAAAAGUGGAGGGUCGGUAGAAUACAUGAGAUGUUGCCAUGGUACUUAAAAUUUUCAGGUAUUUGUCUAUGUGGGCUUUGAGAAAAUUCAACUCAAAAAAACGGGGCUCUACGAAAAUGGGGCGAUGAAAAAUUGUGUUGAUAAAUUCAAAACGACUGAUUCUAUUUUAACGGUCAUAGUUGGACAAACGACUAUUUGAAAUGCAUAGCCUAUGUUCAGGAUGUUCUUCUGGUGUAAAAUUUGAAACACUUAUAUGUCUACAUCCUUUAUCAGAGUGAUAAAAAUAAAGAAAUCCAAAUCUCAACGUAAAGAGAAAAAACUUUGACAACCAUACGAUAAUAAUAUUCAUUUGAACAUCAGAAUGUAUAUUCUGUGAUAGUCUUUUUUUUUGUCUACGGAUUUCUUAUUUAUAUUAUAUUGCAAAAAAGGGGAAAAAACGACAAUCAGUUUUGGGUUGUUUUACAUUAUACUAUAAUUUAUAAUGUUAGUUAUGCUACGAAUACAAGACUACAUACAAUAUUAAUUAUUGUAUAAUAUAAUAGCAUACAAUAUAAACAGGACUUUUGAUUAACGUUGAAUUUUGUAAAUUACAUACGGGUUUGUAUAACGCUAAUUGCGUAAUAACCACAUGGGGUGGGAGGAGGGGGUCACAGCACACGUUAGGUCUCAUUUUGAUCAAAUUUUCAAUUUACCCAUUAAUAUGACUCUCUACUAUGGCACAAGUAAUUAUUUGAUAGAAUAAAGCGAUAAAACGAAAAACGAUAUUGGACAGAAAAAAAAACAACGUAAAAGGUCAAAAUUCAAAAUGAACUAUGCGAAUAAAAUACACAAUAAAUACCGCCACAAAAUUUUUGAUAUCAAACACGGAAGGAUUAAUUCAAAAAACAGUAAAUAGAUAAAUAAGAUGGAAAAGAGUAUUUCAAAGUGAAAUAGAAAAUUAAAUUAAAAGACCUAACGUAGCGCCACCUUAACCUACGUGCGUACUAUGGCACAUAUCUAUUAUGAUACGAUAUAAAUAUACAUUAACAAACAUGUAACACAGGAAGAUUCAGGUAUAACUGGAACAUUGUUUUGGAUAGAUUCUUUUCGAAUGUCAAUAUUUAUCGGGUAGAUAUUGAAGAUUUCAUUCGCCUUUUUGAUUAAAAUUCGGGGAGUUCUAAAUUAUAUUACUUUUCAAUAAUACCGAAUCUCUCCAUGAAUUCCUGGACUUCUUAUGCGUCGACCAGGUGAAAUAAAAAAAAAAAGUUUCAAACGUACUUUAGCUAACUGUUACCACUUUCAUAGAUUUUUCUACUGGUUUGAAAAGCUAUUCCAAAAGCAACAGGUAAGGCUCACAAUAAAAAAUUCUGAUGUAUUGAAGUAAACAAAUUAUUUUUCGAGUAUUGCCAAGAACUCUCAUUGCAU